AUGUAUUACUCUGACACCCAGAAGCUCAUGCCUCAGUGCUUCCCCAUCAUCAUCCCGCAACCCGACAGACGCUUCAAUGAAACCACCUGUAUGAACUUCGUGCGUUCAGUUCAAAUAGAGAACUCUGAGUGUGAAGCAGUUCCCGUGGAACAGCUGAACCAGAUUACAGCCUUCAUAGAUGCCUCGCAGGUGUACGGGUCGUCACAAGAGGAACAAAACACACUACGAACUUUUGAAAACGGUCAGCUAAAGAUGAGAUGUUCUCAUUUGCCUGAAGAUUCGCAACCUAGCUGUACCACACCAAACAGCCCUAGCUACUGUUUCCUGGCAGGUGAUCAUCGAGUGAAUGAAAACCCAACCCUUCAGAGCAUGCACACCAUCUUUGUGAGAGAACACAACCGUAUAGCUAAGAAACUGCAAGAGCUGAACUGCGAUUGGAGUGAUGAGAAAACUUUCCAGGAAACCAGAAGGAUAGUUGGAGCUAUCAUGCAGAAGAUCACGUACGAUGAGUACUUGCCUAUCAUUUUGGGUGAGCAAGCUAUGGACAAGUAUGGCUUACGAAUUGGAUCUUGGACUGCUUACGCCUACGUCUACAGCACAUCGAUAGACCCCAGCAUCAGGAACGCCUUCGCUACUGCGGCUUUCAGGAUGGGACACUCCAUGAUCCACAGCAACUUCUCCAGCUUCAGUUCUUCACAUAAUUUUCUCGGGAAGGACAGACUAAGCGAGAUCUUCGGUGACACGAAUCUAAUCCUGAACGUCAACAACAGGAAGGUUGGUCAUUACUGCAGAGGACUGGUUAAGGACAGUGUCCAGACUGUAGAUCGCAAACUGACACAGGAGGUUACGGACAGGUUGUUUGUUGACAGCCAUGGAAAUAGUAUGGACUUGGCAGCUCUCAACAUCCAGAGAGGAAGAGACCACGGGCUCCCGUCUUACACCAAGUGGAGGGAGUUUUGUAAUGUUCCAAAAGCUGCAUCCAUCUCUGACCUCUCCACUACCACUCACACAAUAACUGCGACAAACUUACUGAAGAUAGUUUACAGUGACGUCGACGACAUCGACCUGUUUCCUGGGGCUCUGUCGGAGACACCUGUUGCAGGGGGACUUCUGGGACCCACAUUUACCUGCCUCCUGGGGAAACAGUUCCAGGCACUGAAGAAAGGAGACCGAUUCUGGUUUGAAGAAAACAACGCCAAUGUUAAAUUCACUCCUUAUCAACUGAGGGAAAUCCGGAAAGCCAGUCUGUCGAGGGUAGUGUGUGACAAUACCGACACCUUCAAGAUUCAGCAAAACGCUUUCAUCAAGGGUUGUCCGGUCCAAUGCGGUUCUCUGCCUGAAAUUAACCUCAGGCUCUGGCAAGAGCUCCCUACCUAUACCCGUUGGACCUCCUGGGGACGAUGCAUCUACUACAGACAGAGAAGAACACGUUCCCGUACGACCUGUGGCUGCUCUGCUACGAGCUAUCAGACUCGCUACUGUUGGUGUACAAACUGGUUUAACUGUUACCAUGGAUAA